AAUUCAACCAAUGGAAGAAUCUGCAUCUGCAAUCAAGACUCCUCUUUUAUCCAAUUUUGAUCAUGGCAUUGCAUCAAGCUCUAAUGUCAAAGUCAACAAGGAUGAUGAAGACGAAAAUUCGCCAAUCGAACAAGUUGCUCUUACUGUUCCAACAACUGAUGAUCCUUCACUACCUGUACUCACUUUCCGAAUGUGGUUUUUAGGGACACUUUCGUGUGUUCUGUUAUCAUUUUUGAACCAAUUUUUUUGGUACAGAACAGAGCCAUUGACAAUUACAGCAAUUUCAGCUCAAAUUGCUGUGGUUCCUUUGGGUCAACUUAUGGCUGCAAAGAUAACAAAAAGGGUAUUUUUGCAAGGAUCUAAAUGGGAAUUCACUUUAAAUCCAGGCCCUUUUAAUGUUAAAGAACAUGUCCUCAUCACCAUUUUUGCAAAUUCUGGUGCUGGAACUGUUUAUGCUAUUCAUGUUGUCACUGCUGUUAAAGUCUUUUAUAAGAAAGACAUUACCUUCUUUGUUUCUCUUAUUGUUAUCAUCACAACACAGGUGUUGGGAUUUGGAUGGGCUGGAAUUUUCAGAAAGUAUUUGGUUGAGCCAGCAGCCAUGUGGUGGCCUUCCAAUCUUGUCCAAGUCUCAUUAUUCAGGGCUUUACACGAGAAAGAAGAACGUUCUAAAGGAGGGCUAACACGUACUCAGUUCUUUAUAGUAGCCUUUAUCUGCAGUUUUGCAUACUACAUUUUCCCUGGAUAUCUCUUUUCAAUGUUGACAUCUUUGUCAUGGGUAUGUUGGAUCUUUCCAAAAUCAGUGUUUGCCCAACAACUUGGUUCGGGCCUAAAGGGGCUUGGAAUUGGAGCAAUAGGCCUUGAUUGGUCCUCUAUUUCGUCCUACCUUGGAAGCCCAUUAGCUAGCCCAUGGUUUGCUACAGCUAAUGUUGCUGCUGGAUUCAUAUUUGUUAUGUAUGUUUUGACUCCAAUAUGUUACUGGUUAGAUAUCUUCAAAGCCAAAACAUUCCCAAUUUUCUCUGAUGGAAUGUUCACUUCCAAUGGCCAAGUUUACAACAUAUCAAGUAUCAUUGACUCUAAUUUCCAUCUUAAUAUUGAUGCCUACGAGCAACAAGGACAUCUUUAUCUUAGUACAUUUUUUGCGGUUACUUAUGGAGUUGGCUUUGCUGCUCUCAGUGCUACUGUCAUGCAUGUUCUCUUAUUUCACGGAAGGGAGAUAUGGGAGCAGAGCAAAUCAAGCUUCAAAGAUCAGAAAAUGGACAUACACACUAGACUAAUGAGCAAGUAUAACCAAGUACCUGAGUGGUGGUUUUGGUGCAUUCUUGUAGCGAACAUUACACUCACUAUCUUUGCUUGUGAAUAUUACAAUGAACAACUUCAGUUACCUUGGUGGGGAGUUAUUUUAGCUUGUGUCAUUGCCUUUUUCUUUACCCUUCCUAUAGGAAUCAUCACCGCCAUUACCAACCAGACACCAGGGUUGAAUGUCAUCACAGAAUAUAUCAUAGGAUACCUUUAUCCAGGAUAUCCGGUCGCUAACAUGUGCUUCAAGGUUUAUGGUUACAUUAGUAUGACACAAGCUAUAGCUUUCCUCCAAGACUUCAAGCUUGGCCAUUACAUGAAAAUUCCUCCAAGAAUAAUGUUUAUGGCUCAGGUAGUAGGUACUCUAAUAGCAGGGUUCGUGUAUUUGGGAACAGCAUGGUGGUUAAUGGAAACGAUUCCAGACAUAUGCAACAAGACAUUGUCCAACACGGUGUGGACUUGUCCUUCGGAUCAUGUGUUUUAUGAUGCAUCAGUGAUUUGGGGUUUGAUUGCACCAAGAAGGAUUUUCGGAGAUUUAGGAACUUAUGGGAUGGUGAAUUGGUUCUUCUUAUUUGGCGCGAUAGCACCAGUACUUGUGUGGUUAGCAGCAAGGGCAUUUCCUAAGCAAGAGUGGAUCAAACUGAUCAGCAUGCCAGUGCUAAUAGGAGCAACAGGAAUGAUGCCACCAGCCACAGCUGUGAACUAUACGACCUGGAUCAUCGUUGGGUUCUUAUCUGGCUUUGUUGUUUAUCGGUAUAGACCAGAUUGGUGGCAACGACAUAACUAUGUUCUUUCGGGUGCACUUGAUGCUGGUUUGGCAUUUAUGGCAGUACUUAUAUAUUUGUGUUUGGGCUUGGAGAACAUAACUGUUAACUGGUGGGGAAAUGAUCUUGAUGGAUGUCCUUAUGCUGCUUGUCCAACAGCUAGAGGCAUUGUUACAGAGGGUUGCCCAGUUGUUUAUUGAAUUGUGAAUAACAA